GCUCUUCUGAUGUUUUGUUAUGAUUCGGGUGCUGUCGCUUCCAAUGUAUUGAAAUUUCCUGUCAAGACGCCCUUAUCAAAUUCCAUUCGUGUAUAUUUCACGGGACGUGUUUCAGUGAAAGUGUCGGUUCAAUUAGAGCUUCUGUGGAAUUUUCGUGUUUGCAUGAAAUUCGUUAUCAAGCCGAGUAAUUAGGUCAAUAGCCGCUCUUACUUUUGAUCUCGCCGUGGUUUUUCUCAUUUUCCGAAGGAUUUCCAUCAUCAGGAUAUUAUCCCUCAGCUGCCAACCAGAUGAUGUGAAGAUCUCGGCCUGGAGUGGGAUAGUGGAGCUUGCGGUGGGCUCUCGGGAGUGCGUGGGCGGGCGCGGGCGCGGUGAAGGCGGCCGUGGGGACGGGGCCACGGAGGCCGGAGCCACGCUUCAAGCGGAGACUGCGACGCUGGUGGUUCACCGUGGAGAAGCGGGAGCCGACCGCGGAUGAAGGCGACCCCGGUGACGUCAUCGAGUUCCCCUCCGCCCCCGGCCCCGGCCCCGCCACCGAGACCGGAAAUGGCGCCGGAAGCCCCGCGCCGGCGGCGCCCGUCCAGUUCGACGAGGCCGUCGGCGGGGUGGGCGUCGGAGUGGGCCGCGGGGGUGACUACGUGAACCAGCUGGUCGUGGCCAGCGCCGUCCAGCGCGGGGGUGGCGCCGAGGGGCCCGGCCCGCCCGCCGGCGACUUCUUAAGGGCCGCGUGCGCCGACAGGGUCCUCGACUCGGACGGUCGGGUGACCGCCCUCUGGAUCAACCUCAGGUGGAACCUCUCCGCAAGCCGCCAUCAGCUCAGCGCCGACGAUUGGAUUGGACUCUAUCCUCUAGGCGAGAAUGACGCUGAAAAAUCCCUAAGACGCCAUACCAAGAACUUGGGAUGUAACGAAGGAGCAACCAUGUGGCUUAUGGACUACCCACAACAGACGCAAUCCUUAAAACAAGACUGCGGGAAUCUGCUGUGCUUCCGGUACUACAGCGGUCUGAGCCUGUCAUGCCUAGCCCAGUCGGAGCCGAUUGACCUGGACUCGGUGUACAAGCUCGCGUUGCCCAAGGACAAGGACAAUGUAGCCGGGAACCGGAACAACAACCACAACCACAUCAACCACCAGCAGCACCACAGCCAGAGCAACAUCUACGUCUCGAGCAACAACCUGCACAGCAAAGAGCUCUCGGCCAAGCGAACCUACCUCAAGAGAUCCGAUGAGCCGAUGAAGAUCCACCCGGCCCCGGACUCGCCGCCCGCGCCCCAGUCACAAGCACCGCCCGCGGCUCCGGCCCCGCCCGCCCAGGGCAGCUCCGAGAGCGAGUCGGACAAUGAGAACCUCAUCAAGUCGAGCAAGAAGGGCUGGCGACUCCUCCGCAAGAAGAACAAGCGGACGAGCCCCGGCCCGGAGAUCCAGCUCCCCAACGGCGAGGCCGCCUCCGACUCGGACUCGAAGCACUCCCGCAAGGAGCUCAUCACGUGGAACUCCCACGAGACCCGCUGCCAGCUGACCAAGGACCCGAGCUCCGAGUACUACCCCAUCUGGAUCAACAACAACGACCAGAGCGUCAAGAACGAGAACCACGAGAACGGCUACGAGACGCUCUACCCCUCGGAGGAACCGCCGCCCCUCCCGCCGCGCACCUUCUCCCCGCGGCACCGCCCCCUCGAGCGCUCCAAGGCCAUCCAGCCGCCGCCCCCUCCCCCGCCUCCCCCCGAGGUCUCGCGCAAGCACAAGCCCGUCAAGUACUCGGCCGAUCUCCUCCGACCGUGCCUCCCGCCGAAACCAAAGAAGACCGAGUUCAGCUCCGUUGACGAGCUGUUCAGCCUCUCGAGCAUCGACACGAACAGCUUCGAGGAGCACGCGCCGACGAUAUCCCCGACGCCGGGCUCCGCUCCCCGCCAGGCCCCCCUGGCCACGCCCGAGCUGGAGGAGACGCCGCUGGUCAACCUGGAGUCCAUCCCGAACUCGGUGCUCCUCUCCAGCCCCGAGCUCCUGGACCGCCUCACCUGCCGCCUCGCCACCGCUUCUAGUCAAGAUUGUGAUAUAAGUUUAACGACGGCCGAGGUGCCGGUGCUCAACGGCCACGUCGAGGACCCGGCCCGGGGGACCAACGGGCGGACCAGCGAUAGCGGGGAGUCGGUCCUCUCGCCGGACGGCUGCGCGGCGGCCGACCCGGAGGUGGAGCUAGUCAACGGGACCGACGAGGACUCCGGCGGGAGCGUCCGUCGGGAGGUCGAGUCCCUCAACUCCUCGAGCGCCGAGUCCGUCGAGUCCGCCGAGUCCAUCCCUGGACUGGAACCCGUGUCCCUCUCCACGCCGCUCGAGCCGCCACUUCGCGCCCACAAGCCUCUCUCGCGGCAGGUGAGCCAUCCUCCGGACAGCACGGCGAUCAAGUACCGGGAGAACCUGCUGUCUCGGCCGCAGAACAAGCUGCUGUCCCGGAUAGCGGGCGGGCCGCCCUCGCCAACGCCGAGCGGGGGAACGCCGCCCCGCGCGGUGCGCCCCUCCCUGCUCCCGCGCAACGUGGCCGUCAACGGGGAGGGCCCCAGCUGCAGCGCCGCCCCCGGGGGGACGAGCCCCGACCGGGACGCCCCCGCCUUCACCGGGCCCCUCCCCCUCCGCCACAUCCACACCACGCGGUUGCCCUCCAUCCCGGAACGCGCCAGGAGCCACCGCGCCGAGCUACCCGCCGACGAGGAACCCCUUCCGCCUUACUGGGAAGCUCGCAUCGACAGUCAUGGGCGAGUUUUCUACAUUGAUCAUGUGAAUCGAACGACCACCUGGCAGCGACCUACACAGAGCAGCACGUCACGAGUCCGUCCAGUCAACAACGACCUUCAACGACAGCAGCUUCUUGACCGGAGAUACCAGAGCAUUCGAAGGACGAUCACCUCACGAGCUGCUUUGGACGAUGGCGGGAGCAGUAGCGGGAGCCCGAGCACGAGUGCCGAAGGGAUGGAGACGUCGCAGUCACCCUCCCAGUCGACGUCAGCCGACAGCAGUUGCAGCAGCAGUAGCAGUGGUAGUGGCAGUGGGAGCGGGAGUGAACUCACCUUCAACCAACCGCCAGCCCUCAAGUUCCUUGCCCGACCUGACUUCUUCUCCGUCCUACAUAUGAACACUGACGCAUUAACUUUAUACAACCGCAACAGUUCUUUGAAACAUAUGAUUUCAAAAAUCAGGAGGGAUCCCAGUGCGUUUAGCAGAUACCAACACAACCGUGAUCUGGUCGCUCUGGUGAAUAUUUUUGCAGAAAAUUCACGGGAACUACCUCGUGGCUGGGAAGCUAAAUGUGAUAAAAAUGGAAAGCAAUUUUUUAUUGACCACACAAGCAAAACGACUACAUUUAUUGAUCCGCGUGUCCCUACGGAAGCUCCGUAUUUAUGUCCAUUAAAAUUAUGGUCAAGCCCUCUUGGUGGAGCACGAAGACGUAGCCCAAGUGUCGGCGACCAAGAUAUGUCCUUAUCCAAAAGUCCAGUUGCUCCGGUUCCUCCUCCUCGUUCGCCUGCUCCUGGAGCUGUGUCUCGCCUGCAGCCAGAAAUACCAACUGCCUACAACGACAAAGUAGUCGCAUUCCUCCGUCAGCCAAACAUCAUCGACAUCCUCCGAGAGAGACAUUCACCCCUCGGCUCAAACCAGGGCCUCCGUGAUAAAGUGAAUGCUGUGCGUGUGGAAGGAACUGCCGCUCUGGAUAGGUUAAGCGAUGACAUCGAUCUGACAAUCCUUCUAAGUCUCUUCGAACAUGAGAUUAUGAGCUAUGUGCCGGCUAGCCGGCCUGCUUCUCCGCGUGGAUCGCCUCACGCAUCGCCUGGUCUCCCCAGGGCCAAUAUCAACAUCCGAGCGCCCGCCCCACAUCGCAGGGACUUCGAGGCCAAACUCCGCAACUUUUACAAGGUCCUCGAAUCCAAAGGCUACGGACAGGGACCCGGAAAACUCAAAUUGCAUAUUCGUCGCGACCAUUUGUUAGAAGACGCCUUCAACAAAAUAAUGUGUGCAAGCAAGAAAGACUUGCAAAAGUGCAAGCUGUACGCCCAGUUCGACCAUGAAGAAGGUCUGGAUUAUGGUGGACCCUCUCGAGAAUUCUUUUUCCUCCUCUCUCGGGAACUUUUCAACCCUUACUACGGGCUCUUCGAGUACUCUGCGAAUGAUACCUACACCGUGCAAGUCUCCCCUAUGUCAGCAUUUGUAGAUAAUCAACAUGAAUGGUUUAGGUUUAGUGGCCGUGUCUUAGGUUUGGCGUUGGUGCAUCAAUACCUACUGGAUGUAUUUUUCACACGUCCUUUCUAUAAAGCUCUCCUCAGAAUGCCAAUGUCGCUGAGUGACCUGGAAUCCCUAGAUAGCGAGUUCCAUCAGUCAUUGCUGUGGAUCAAAGAGCGUGAUAUAUCAAAUGAAGUCUUAGACCUGACAUUUGCUGUCACUGAGGAAGUCUUUGGACAGCCUGUAGAAAGAGAGCUCAAAGCUGGAGGAAGGAAUAUACCAGUCACUGAAAAAAAUAAGAAAGAAUACAUCGAGCGCAUCGUGAGGUGGCGACUUGAGCGUGGUGUUGCAGAACAGACUGAGUCUCUUGUCCGUGGUUUCUACGAAGUGGUCAAUCCAAGGCUAGUUUCAGUAUUCGAUGCAAGAGAACUAGAACUCGUAAUAGCUGGCACAGCUGAAAUUGAUUUGAUAGACUGGAGGAAUAAUACUGAAUACCGCUCAGGUUAUCACGAUAGUCACGCUGUUAUCCAAUGGUUCUGGUGUGCCAUCGAAAGGUUUUCCAAUGAACAACGUCUUAGGCUUUUACAAUUUGUCACGGGAACAUCUAGUGUGCCCUACGAAGGUUUCUCGGCACUCAGGGGUUCGACCGGUCCCAGGAAGUUUUGCAUAGAGAAAUGGGGCAAACCAAAUAGUUUACCAAGAGCUCACACGUGCUUCAAUCGUUUGGAUCUGCCUCCAUAUCCUACGCCUGAGACGCUCUACGAAAAAUUGUUACUAGCUGUAGAAGAAACAAAUACAUUCGGCAUCGAGUGAUCUACCCACGACUUGUCCGGAUUUACCUCCACAGUCCUCCUAGUCGCACAAUAACUUAUGUCGAGCAGUUUUCCAAUUUUUUUAUGGACGAUUUUUAAAUUUUACAUGUUAUAAAUUUUAAGCUAAUCCUAUUGGUUUUAAGCCUAGCUUGUAGUUUUUUCACUCAUUUAAUGUUUUUAGGCUGCAAGCAAGUGUAGUGCCAAACUCAAGCAUCGUCAAAGAUGGUCAAGGACAAACUUAUCUAUUCCUGAGCGAAGCAUCUUCGAAUAUUUUCACUCUUGAACUCUUGAGUUUGCCUCAUGAAAUUCCCUUUCAGAUAUAUUAUAGAAAAUUAAGUGCACUUCCUCAAUGCUACUGUAAUUUUUGGUAGUGUGUCUCCUCCAAAAUUUACUCCUCUCUUCAGUGAAAUCAAGUCGGCCACUGAGUUCCAUUGUGAUUUUUAAGCACUCCUCUAGUUAUUAUCCUUAAUUUAUUCAUCCUUUUAUAUUAUAGGAUUUCAGAGGAAUCAUGAAUGUCAAAGUUUCAUCGUCUUACAUUGAAUCAACUUGCAAAUGACAACUGAAAAAUUCCUUAAAUGUCCGGCAGAAGUCCAACUUCUGUGUCAGGUACUCCAUAAUCUUUGGUCCCAUUGUACUGCACAAUUCUCAGAGCAUUUGAACAUUAGUAUGCAGAGCAGAGUGAUUUUUUUUUUAUUUUGCUAUUUGCUCUGUUGUUACCAUCAAUAUUGGAACAAAAACUAUUCAAUUUUUCUUAAGAUUGCCUGUUUAUUUUGCUCCAAAUUUUGUUUUGAAAACGGUGAACACCACUUGUCAGAGACCUCUAUAUCGCUUAAGUUUUUGUGUUUUUUCAACAAACUAUUUUUACAACUUUUUUAUUGGAUUGCUCUGUUUUAAUUUUGACCGGACAUAAAAAUUGAUAAAAAUCUUAAAGUCUUGGAAUCAUGAAUAUGCAAACUCAUCAGUUUUUCACGUUUGCACAAAUGAAUAAUUGUUCUGCUCAAAUCAUUUUCGAUCAUGCCCUCCAAGUGCCUAUUCCCUGAUUCUUACCGAUUAAUAGCCUUCUCAAUUUAUGGGAGAAGCUAUCGAACCUUAAUUAUGGGUGCCUUGAUUUUAGCUGUGCUUGAAAUCUGCUCAUUUCAAGGUUAUAAUGUGUGUUACUUAUUUUUUUGUAAAUUUUGUACUUUUCUGAAUUUUUGAGAUGUGAGUCUAUAAUGUGGCCUGGUACAGCUGAAUAGAGGGGACUUUUCUCAAUUUAAAUACAUAGUAAAAAUUGCUAAAAUUAAAAUAAAUGAAAACUGUAGGUUUUCAAUCUAAGAAUAUCCAAUUUUCAUUCAUUUUUAUGGCGUCCUGAAUGAUGUCAUGUCCGCCAAGAAACUUUUCCAUGUAACAAAUUUAAUUUUUGUCAAUUUCGUCUUGUAAAGACUCAGAUCUUUUCAAAAUGUCCUAUUCAAGUUUCAUUUAACUCCCUAGAUGCUCUCUAAGGCUAUUGAUAGCAGCAAAUCAAGUGUUAAAGAUAUUGUAAUUUUUAAACCUAAAUCUUACCAUAGAUAUAUUACUUUCCAUGUUUGAGCUGUGACACUUAACAGUUUUUUCCGUGAGAGAUCAAACUGGUAUUUUUUAGGAAAGCUUUCAGAAAAAUGUAAAAGCUUUCACCGAAAACUUGUUUCUUACAUUGGUUUCUUAAUGGUUGUUCUCAGAGUGUCAUUCCAUUUGCAACUUUCAAUCAAUUUUUUCAUUCUUAAAUGGUAAUGUUCAAACAGUCUAUCUUUGAAACAUAAAACUAGAACUGGCAUGUACCCUGCAAAAUGAGAGAGAUAAAUAUGAGUGAAAAUCAUCGAUGCCACAGUCAAGCUUUGAGAUUUUCCAGUAUCACCGUAAUAUUUUCUCAAGCUGUUACUCAGGUACGUAGGAGAUUGGAAUCCAGUUAUCCAUCACAUAUUACAUUACGUGAAUCAAAAUUACUUGAUUUAGAAGUUCUGUUCAGUGUGCAGCCUACACAACAACUCUCAUACAUUACACAAUCCCAGCAAAAUGGUUUUGCUCGGAAUUGCAUUUUACCAUGCCAUAGAUUUUGUCAUUAUUGCAUGACCUUCAGUCAAUCCGUAUUUUCAUGCUGUUUUGUUGCCUUAUUGCUAAAACAACUUGUGAUUUUUCUAAAUUAUUGUCAGCUGCAGUUACCAAUUCUGCGUUCUCACAUGCAAAAAUCUCCGUCCUGCUAUUGAGAAAUUUUAGCCUCAGGGCUUCUUCAGCUCCAUAGUAGCAAUGAGUAGCACUGCAACCAUUAUGAGCUUAAGAUUAUUAUGUGCCAGGGUAAUUGCUUCUGUUAUUCAACCCGGUUUUUGUAAUUUUUUGUGAAUUCUAGUUUUUCAAUGAGUCAAACCUCAAAUUGAUUCCAACACAUUCUAUCAAGUACACAACCAAAACCUUGCAGUAGGUUCACCUCGUGCCUGGACGAAAUAUGUCGAGUUUAUUCGCAAUGCCCUUGGAUUUCUACACCAAUCACAAAAAAAUUACUGAAGUUGCCUUUCUAAAUUCUUAUUUUGUGAGUUUGAUUUUAAAUCUAUGUGCAGUAUUGAGCACACAUUUUAACAAGUAAAAGGAAUUUUAAGUGGAAGAAUAAUUCCAAGGUUCUGUCUUUCUCAGCACUGUUCGGCAGGUCACGCAAACAUAUAGCAGAGGAGAACUAUCAAUAUAUUAUCCCCACCUACUCUCCGUUUUUAUCAUGUCAUGAUGUUAAUUCAAUAAAGUUAUGUUAAAGUAGUCGGUAAUAGCAGAGGAGUGACAAGAGGUUUGCUGUUCCAUUUUGGCACCAAAGCUGAUGGAAGAGUCAAGACAGUAUACAUUCCGUCUUGAUCUAGAAGCCAGCCAACUUGUUUGGCGUCAAGACCAUAGGAUUGCUUUCACCUUGUUGCUCCUACAAGGGUAUCGAGUAUUUAUUUACUCAUUUUGUAUUCUAAUGUGAAAAGGGUGAGUCCUGGUUGUUGCUCAAUUUUAUAAAAAUUUUAACCCUAAACUAAAGAGCGCUUGUAGGUAAUGAAACCUGACUCUUUUCAGAUUGAAUGAUUGUAUGCAAGUCGAACCAUUUCAAAAAUUUUUUGUUGCAACCAUUUCGUUGAAUUUCUCCAUUGAAACUAGAGGAUUUAUCCCUUGUAUCGAGAUCCCAGCAGUUUUCAAAUUGGCUACAUGCUAUGAGUUCAAUUGACUCAAAAUGAAGUUUCUGAAACUGAAACAUGUUUCAGUAGUGUCUCAUUUCAAUUUAAUCUUAUUUGUCCAAUUCUGGCUUGGCCAAAGUCUAUAGAUCAUUUGUUCUCCCAAAAGUAACCAAAAGAUGCAGCUGAUAAAAGAGCUUUUGUAAUCUGCAUUUAAAGCUAGAUUUUAAAAUGUAAUGAAUUGUUACAAUUGCUGGAAAUUUCUUCAUUACCCUCCUAGAGCGUACUUAUCUGUGUAAACACCAUCUUUGCAGUUGCUUUGAAAUUACGCUUUGUUAGUUGUUACUAGGAGCCCAAAAGCAACACAAUAUUUCCUUUUGGGCAUCAGUGAACCUGUUUGAAUUUUUACUUUUUACAAUUUACCUCCAAGAUCGGGAAUUGAAGAAUUGCCAGAUUUAUUAUCCACACCUCCCUUGUUUACUAAAUUGGGUCAUCUUAAACCUAGUAAUCUAUGCAAGAUUACUAGCAAAUCUUACUCAAGAACUAGGAUUAUCUUGUGAUGGGUUAUCGCAUUUUUCAUUUUAUUGCUUUUAUCUGUAAGAAUCAUGAUAGAAAAUUGCCUCAGUUUUAUCCCUGCAAUCAGCAAUGCUCAAUCUGUGGUGAAACCUGAGUGUUAAAACAUCAAAAAAAUUUUUUUUUUCAAACAUCAGCUUUCAAAUAACCUCCAUUUUAACGUGCAGUGCAGGUUUUCUUAAAUUAUAUGAAUGCUUUUGAUCCAAUUUUCUGAACGUUUGAUUCCUUAAAAUCGGGACUUUAAUCUUUGAAAUCUUGUCGUUUCAAUUUUUUUUUCUUUUUUUUGGGCAUACCUGCUUACUAUGUCUUAGUUACAUGUUGAAAGAAGAAUUCUAGUCAUAGUGUAAUGAUGUAAAAUAUUAGAGGUAAGUGUUUGUUAAAAUCCAUUAUGUAACAAAGUAGGACAAAAAAGCGAAUAAGGAAACCAUAAUGAAAAAAUUAUGUACAGCUCGUACUAUUUAUCUGUUGAAUUAGUGUCUACAAAAUUAUCCCUGUCUGUUGUAAAAUAUUUCCUAUUUAUUUGUUGCUGACCCAUUUCAUUGGUUUAUUCCUGUAAUAUUACGAUCGCCUGUUAUAAAGUUUUUACUGUCAAUAUUAAUAGUGCAGUGUUCAUGGCCAGAUUUUUCGUAUGUAUUUAUUGUUUUAUUGUAUGAUAAUAUAUAUAUUUGUUUUUAUAUUAUUAAA